AUGGAGAACGAACUACAAGAAAUGAGGGAUUUAGUAGCCCAGUUAAGGGCAGAUAAUGAGAGACUGCGUCAGGAGAGGGCGACUGUUGAGCAGCCCGAUCCUGGUGCAGCCUCUGCUAGCACGGCGCGCCCUUCUACGCCUCGGUCAGCUGAUGUGGGUGCUGGCAUGGUGGAACGAUUCGUGUUCAUUCCGAGAGACAGACGCUGUCCAAAUUUUAAUGGCAGGUCUGGUAUCUCUAUUGACGAGUGGGUUGAAGAAGCCAGAGCGUGCAUGCGCAUUCGUAAUAUGACACCCGCCGAGCAGGCCUUUUUCCUCUAUGAUCAUCUUGAAGGAGAAGCCCGAGACGAGAUUAAAUAUCGGUCAAGUACUGACAGGGGUGACUCAGACAAAAUCAUUUCUGCGUUGCGUGAAGUAUAUGGUUGUGCAGAGUCAUAUAUCACACUACAGGAAACAUUUUUUUCACGGCGGCAACAUGAGGGAGAAACGUUGUUAGAGUUCUCCCUGGCUUUGUUGAGUCUUUUUGAGAGGGUGAAAAGCCAGUCGCCGCACGUUAUUUCUAAUGGCGAUAUCGUUGUGAGAGAUCAAUUUGUUGAGUGUGUGUCUGAUAAUGCACUUCGUCGAGAGUUGAAACAAUUGAUAAGACGGGAGCCCACUGUAACGUUGUUAGAGGUCCGGGGGGAAGCAAUCCGUUGGGAAAGGGAGGGAAUGCCAGGGGGGGCCAGGGGUCGAACUCAGUCGGUCCCUUUAAUAGGUGGGUUCCAGUUCGAGGUUCGGGGAGGUCCAGGUCCAGUUCGGGGAGGUCCGGGCCUGGCUCGGGGAGGUCAAUCGUCCGAACUUGGUGAGCUGCGAGAGAUGCUGCGUCAGCAGCAACAGCAGAUCAAUCUGCUCACCCAAACUAUGACCCAAACUUGUUUUCGGUUGAGGUUUGAGCCAUGGGGCCAGGAUCGCCUGCGGUCAUGCCACUGGUUGCAGCUCCGUGCAGCUAAUGGACUUGAAAUUCCAUAUAUCGGCUACCUCGAAUUAGACAUUGAAUUGUGCGGUAGUACAGUCCCUGAUUGUGGUGUGCUGGUGGUCCGUGAUCCCCCUGGUGGUGGUACUGACACUCCAGGCAUUCUGGGAAUGAAUGUGCUCGGUCGCUGCUACCGGGAGCUUUUUGGCCGUCAUGGAGCCACUUUAUUUGAGCUACCGUUUGUGGCUCAGGAUUCUAUAAUUACCCGGGCAUUUCAAGAUUGCCAACAGGUCACUCAUGCUUCAGAUCGCAGCAGUAAUGCUAAGGUAAGAGGGCGUAGCGUGUGUCGCAUUCCAGGCGGCACUUUGAAGUUUGUGACUGCAACGUGCUCAUCCUCCCUUGCAGGCAAAACUGUGCUAUUUGAGCCCUUUGAGACUGGUUUGCCUGCGGGAUUAUUGGCCUCACCCUCUUUAGUGCAGGUAAAUGCUGGUACUGUUUCGGUCCCCGUCGUUAAUGUCGGCACCAUUGAUGUAGUGCUUUAUCCUACUACAGUUAUAGGAAAGUUGGGAGAAGUACAUUUGGUGGGUCUACCCUGUGGUCUGACUGAAGUCUCAUCGGUGACUGCUCAGGUGGCUUCCUGCGAAGCCUCUGUUAUGUUAGAACCUAUAGAUUUGGUCGAUUUAGGAGGGUUAUCGGUUGAGGAACAGGAGCAGGUUAGGGUUCUCCUUCAUGAGUACCGACAUGUGUUCUCAAUGCACGAAGGGGACUUGGGUUGUACUAACCUUCUCUCCCAUGAAAUCCCCUUGAUAGAUGAUACUCCGGUCCGACAGCGUUACAGACGCAUCCCGCCAUCAGAGUACGAGUUGGUAAAGACCCACAUUAGUCAGUUGCUUAACUCACAGGUAAUUCGGGAGAGUUGCAGCCCAUAUGCCUCUCCAGUCGUCUUGGUGAGGAAGAAGGACGGUAGCCUGCGCAUGUGCGUAGACUACCGUCAGCUCAACUCCAAGACGCGUAAGGAUGCGUUUCCAUUGCCUCGUAUUGAGGAAACAUUGGAUUCAUUGGCAGGGGCCCACUGGUUUUCUACUUUAGAUCUGGCCAGUGGGUACAACCAGGUCCCUGUCUCCGAAUCCGAUCGUCCUAAGACUGCCUUCUGCACGCCCUUUGGGCUAUUCGAAUGGAAUUGGAUGCCCUUUGGUUUGUGCAACGCCCCAAGCACGUUCCAACGCUUGAUGGAGCGGCUCUUUGGCGACCAGCGGCACCAAUCCGUCCUGUUAUAUCUUGAUGAUAUUAUAGUGUUUUCUUCCUCGGUGCAACAACAUCUGCAGAGACUAAGGAUGGUGCUGGAUCGCUUGGGAGCCGAAGGCCUCAAAGUAAAGCUUGAGAAAUGCACAUUUUUUCGUGAGAAGGUAAGGUAUUUGGGGCAUGUUAUUUCGGCCCAGGGAGUAGCGACGGACCCAAGUAAGGUUGAGGCCGUAGCUCAGUGGCCUUGUCCUAGGACUGUGGCAGAGUUGCGAACCUUCUUGGGUUUUGUCAGCUACUAUAGGCGUUUUGUAGAGGGGUUCGCUAAAUUAGCGGCCCCAUUACACAAAAUAGUGGCCGAACUAACUCGAGGUAAGUCAGGUAAGCGUAGUCAGGAAUUGACCGCUGUGUGGUCCUCAGAGUGCGAGGAGGCAUUUCAGACUUUGAAACUUAAACUUACGACUGCACCAGUCUUGGCGUAUGCAGAUUUCACGCAACCUUUCAUAUUGGAAGUCGAUGCCAGCUAUGCCGGGCUGGGAGCGGUGUUGUCGCAGGAGGUUAAUGGGAAGGUUAGACCAGUUGCCUAUGCUAGCCGUGGCCUUCGUCCGGCUGAGCGAAACACUGCCACAUAUAGCUCUAUGAGGCUUGAGUUUUUGGCCCUUAAGUGGGCCAUGGCCGAAAAAUACAGAGAAUAUCUGUUAGGGCAUAAGUGCGUUGUACGUACUGAUAACAACCCGUUGAGUCAUCUGGCUACGGCCAAGCUGGGUGCUACAGAGCAGAGGUGGGCAGCUGAAUUGGCCGCAUUUGACUUUGAAAUUCAGUACCGGGCAGGUAGAACUAACCAGAAUGCUGAUGCACUGUCGCGGCUGCCUCCAGCAGUGCAGACAAUUGACAGUAGUGAUUCCUUGGGGUUGGUUGUGCCAGAGCUAUUGAGGCGAGCUGUGAGUAUAGAACCAGUGCAGGCUACCACCUUGAGUGCCAUUCAGGUCUUGCCGAGUUGUUCAGCACUUGACCUGCUGGCCUUACAGGAGGCAGACCCUGUUAUAGGGGAAGUCUUAAGGUUUUGGAGGAAAGGGCAAUGCCCAGGGUCGCAAGAGCGGAGACUUUUUCCUAAACUGGUGACUAUGCUCCUUCGCCAAUGGGAUCGGUUUGUGCAGCAGGAGGGCCUAUUGUAUCGCAAGACUUUCCGUCCUGACGGAGGGGAAGUGGUGCUUCAGGUGGUAGUUCCAGAGAUUUUGCAGUCAGAGGUUUUAACAUCAUUACACCAGCAUCAUGGACAUCAGGGCGUUGAACGCACCCUUGAGCUGGCACGGCAGCGGUGCUACUGGCCGGGUAUGUCCGCUGAUGUGGCCCGCUGGAUUCAGCGGUGCGAACGCUGUCAGCAAGCCAAAGAUGUGGCACCAGUUGCCCAAAGCUACAUGGGGCAUUUAUUGGCCUCUCGCCCGAAUGAAAUAGUGGCUAUUGAUUUUACAGUGUUGGAGCCAUCGCAGGCCGGCCAGGAGAACGUGUUGAUAAUGACUGACGUUUUUAGCAAAUUUACGGUGGCAAUUCCCACUUGGGAUCAGCAGGCCACAACUGGCCGGGUCCUGGUGGAGGAGUGUUUUUUUAAGUUUGGGGUUCCUGGUCGAAUCGACCAGGGCCGCAAUUUUGAGUCCCACUUGAUCCAGCAGUUGUGCAGUCUCUACAAGGUGGGUCGGUCUCGCACCAGUCCGUACCAUCCAGCCGAUAACGGCCAGUGUGAGAGGUUUAAUCGGACCCUACACAAUUUGCUGCGAACCUUGCCCACCGCGAGGAAAAGGGACUGGGCAUCAUGCCUGGCGCAGGUGUUGUUUUGUUAUAAUACCACCCCCCACCAGGCCACUGGUGAAUCUCCUCAUUUUUUAAUGUUUGGGCAAGAACCGAGGUUGCCUAUAGAUUUCUUGCUUGGCCAGAUACGAGAACCUGUGGCAGGCCGAGUACACAAGUGGAUAGAGGAGCACCAGGCACGGCUACAUGUUGCCAUGGAGGGUGCUCGAGAACGGCUGCAAGUUGUGGCAGGCCGUCGUAAGGCAGGACAUGAUCAACGGGUAAAGGAACUGCCAUUGAGUGAGGGCCAGUUGGUCUACCUGCGAGACUAUGGGGUCAGGGGUCGCCACAAGAUCCAUGAUCUGUGGAGUUCCACUGUGUAUCGGGUAGUCAGAGCCCCUCUGGCUGGCGGUUCAGUGUAUACAGUGGCCCCGGUAAGAGACCUGAGUCUGGUUCGGAAUGUCCAUCGUUCCGCAUUGAAGCCUCGAGUCCAGGGGGAGGCACCAUUGGUUGGUCUCCCCGAGAGUCUGGCUGAGUCAUCGGUGCCCUUGGAGGCCGAGGUAGAACUAGAAGAUGGGGAUAUGGCCUAUGUUGCAUCUAGGGCCCCUUCGUUGGCUCGUGAAAGGACCACCGUAGGUAUGCUUCCAUUGGAAGAACAUGCCACUGCUUCCAAUGUGAUUGAUCUGGAGGUAGUGCCUAUAGCGGAGGCCAGCAUAGAUCCAGUGCCUGUACUAAGGCCCUCUUCCCCAGGACCGUCUGAUCGUUCUGUGAUGGCCCCACGCCGCACAGGGCGAGCAGGGGCGGGGCAACAUUCCAAUGUGCAUCACCUACCGCGGACUAUAGGGUCCGGAGUGGUGGGUACUCCGAACCCUCCGGAGACUGAGAUGCUGUAUCAGAUGCAGGUAAUCACAGACGCUCAGUCCAUCUAA